CUCUCGCUCUUUCCCGGCUAACUUUCCCAAGCCCCGACCCGCGGCUCAAAGCUCCCCGGCAGCUUCGGGGCCCGACUGCCGACUGCGGGCGGAGAGCGCGGCUGUGCCCAGUAUCCCAUCCCCGCGCCUCCGGCGCGCUCCGGAGAGAACGGGACGAUGCCCGGGGCUGGGGACCGAGGCAAAGCCCCAGCGAGAUGGCUGGGCACUGGGCUUUUGGGCCUCUUCCUGCUCCCUGUGUCCCUGUCGCUGGAGGUGUCUGUGGGAAAGUACCCUACCAUCUACGCGGUCAAUGGCACCGAGAUCCUGCUGCCCUGCACCUUUUCCAGCUGCAUCGGCUUCCGGGACCUCCAAUUCCGGUGGAUCUACAACAACAAGACCAUCAUAGACGGGAUUGUGAAGAACGAGAAAUCUGACCCCAAGGUGACAUUUAAAGACGAUGAACGCAUCACUCUGGAGGGCUCCACCAAGGAGAAGAAGAACAACAUUUCCAUUCUGCUGAGGGACCUGGAGUUCAGCGACACAGGCAAAUACACCUGUCACGUGAAGAACCCCAAGGAGAACAAUCUCGAGCACAAUGCCACCAUCUUCCUCCAAGUCGUUGAUCAGUUGGAGGAAGUGGACAACACGGUGACGCUCAUCAUCCUGGCUGUCGUGGGCGGGGUCAUCGGGCUCCUGGUCUUCAUCCUACUGCUGAAGAAACUUAUAGCCUUCAUCCUCAAGAAGACUCAGGAGAAGAAGAAGGAAUGUCUUGUGAGUUCCUCAGGGAAUGACAACACGGACAAUGGGUUGCCUGGCUCCAAGGCAGAAGAGAAACCACCCACAAAAGUGUGA